UCGAUUGGGAACGGACUCGCAAAACACAUCUCUUUCUCGUGGCAUCAAUCACAUUAUUAAUCUCAACGCUUCUAUCAGUUUGCUCAUCACUAAAAGAGCACAUCUUUCAUCAUAAAUACACUGCUGACCAAGAGUUGGGGAAUUCUCAUUUAUCGCAACGGCUUUUUACAGGAAAUGUAGGAAUCAGUUGAGGCUAUUAUUUGCAUAAAUACAUUUUCUACAAUACAGAUAACAUGUGUCUCAAAAACUGUGCAGAUUAAAAGUUUUAAAAAGUGCAGGAAAUAUUGUUUAACUCGUCUCAUUCUUAAGUUGUGGAGAUUUUUUACGCAUAUUUACAAGCACGUAUUGUAGUGCACAUUUUUUCAUAGAUCUCAAACUAAUGGAUACCCAAGUCAAGUCACCUUUUGACAGUAAAAUUUAUAAAACUUCAAACGAACAGUCUCAUUUUUUUCAGUGGUAGCAUUUUCCGUACUCUGUCGCUGGACAUUAUGUGGAAGUAAAUUUGAUCUCAUUAUUCCAAAUAUUUCCUAAGCUUGAAUACCAAUGACAUACAUAAUAUAUGCAGUGUAGGCUUGACUUGAUUUCACAAAUAUUUGUGACUGAACUGUAAAAUUCUUGACAAAGUCAAUCCGACGUGAAACUAUAUACCAAUACCGGUAUAGAUGAAAAUUACAAGUAUUGGAGCGUGAUAAAAUUGGAAAUAAACUUUGGCCGUAACCUUGUCGGAAUAUAUUCCCUCUGGUAAAAACCGUGCCGCACUUCCAAUUCGACUUCCUCAUUGACAAUUUUUCCUUCCUGACAAACGUGUAGAUUUACAAGACGCGGAUAUAUUUCCCGACCAAUCAAACCUGGAAUUGUAUAAGUGCUUCAGAUAAAUAAUUUAAAUAUAACUCUGACAAGUGAUUAAAUAAUCAUGAAUCAACUCAUUUUAUUCUUGACAAUGACCAUUCUUCUUCACUUGAUUGGAAGCGUCGAUUGCGUGGCCCAAGACGAAGUGGAAAGUUCCAGUACCAACAACAGCAACGUUCUCCUCCAAGGGCCGAAAAAAGCCAAUACAGCAAUGACGACGACUUCCAUUCCUCCUUCGACCAGACUCAGAAGAAACAAUCCUGACAUAAAUUACGAAAAAGUUUUAGUGCAGACACUUCUAAAGGAUUAUGACAUCUCCGUCCGCCCCACAAAAAAGUCAACUAUUGCUCUCAACCUAACGUUUGGGUCAGCGUUAACACAAAUCAUCGAUGUCGAUGAAAGGAAUCAGGUGUUGACGACGAAUUGCUGGUUGAAUCAAAUGUGGGUUGACGAAUCUCUCAAAUGGAAUCCGGAUGAAUUUGGUGGAGUGAAAGUAAUCCGCAUCCCUGCUGAACGGGUGUGGCGGCCGGACGUCAUUCUCUAUAAUAACGCUGACUCCCAAUAUAACACGGCCAUCGUAAGUACCAAUGUCAUCGUGAAAUUCAACGGCAAUCUUACCUGGCUCUCGUCUGCAAUUUUCAAGUCUUCGUGCCAGAUAAAUGUGGAGUACUUUCCCUUUGACCAGCAAAAUUGCACUCUGAAAUUUGCGAGCUGGACGUACGACGGAUUUCAGGUGGAUCUUUUAAUAAACGACGAAGCAGGGGACCUUUCAAAUUACGUUCCCAAUGGUGAAUGGGACCUCAUCAAUGUGCACGUUAAGAGGAGCGUUAUUCGAUACUCAUGUUGUGAGGAGCCCUAUCCAGAUAUUACCUAUUUUAUCGUGCUACGGCGACGACCACUGUUUUAUGUGUUCAACUUGAUACUUCCAUGCAUCCUUAUAUCAGGCUUAUCGCUAAUGAGUUUCUACAUGCCUAGCGACUCGGGAGAGAAAGUCACACUCGGAAUAACAACUCUACUAAGUAUGACGGUGUUUUUAAUGGUGAUUGGCGAAUCCAUGCCGCCCACGUCUGAGAAGCUGCCCUUGAUAGGUCUGUAUUACGGAGUGACGAUAUCUUUGGUCUCCUUCGCCACUGGACUCUCCGUGGUGACCCUGAGCAUUCAUCAUCGUGGGAUGCGUGGUGGAAGGCUUCCUCAAUACCUGAACCGAUUCCUUUUUAAUUAUCUCGCACCUGCCUUGCUUUUGAAAUUGGAUAUUCCCAAGAAGCGAAUGCUGGCAGAGAAGCUGACAAGAGAAAGUCAAGCACGGUCUGAUGCUAACAAGGAACCAGAGUCCUCCCUUUCCUGCAAAAUUCCAUUGACGGACAUGUGGAGAGUCAUGUACCCAGGUUUGCCAUCCACCCCACCAGGAUUGAACUGUCAUUGCGAUUGCAAUAAAGUUAAUCACACAAACUGUCGCAGGAGUUGUCGUUUUCACAACAGAUGUGUGUCCUACUGCGACUUGUCCUACUUGGAUAAUGCAUGGCAGAAUUGUCACCCUUCAGAAACACUGCAUCCUUCCGUCUCCUCCGCAUUCCGUCCCGUGAUGCGGGUGAAGGGCAUCCCGUGCACCGACGGGCUGGGUGGUGGGACGGAGACUGGGGAGGAAGAUGGGGGCGGAGGCGUGCUCGGUGACAAUCCAACGUCUGCAUUCCCCUUUCGACCACAAGCACCUGGAAGACCCUUCUGCAACUCCAUGUUGGAGGGGAGACGACGGGACUGGAGAGAGUCUCAGAUUCUGCAAAUGAUGAGUCGGGUGCUGGACACGAUGGAGAAGAAUGAGCAAAGGGUGGAGGAGAUGGACAAGAAAGAUGUCAUCAAGUUGGAGUGGCAGCAGGCGGCUUUGAUAAUUGACAGACUUCUUUUGUGGAUCUUUGUGGUGACAACGGUCGUGGCGACGUUUGGCAUCCUGUACAUGUCCCCGUAUACGAAACUCUUUACGGCAUAAAUCCUUAGAAUUAAGCUGGUGUAAUAUUUACAUAUGUCAAGAGAGAUGGAUAUUGUAUUGGUGUGAAAAUAGUGAAUUUUGUUAUGCAUGGCCCUCUGUCCACAUUCUUACACAUACAUAUGUACAUACGUAUAUUAGGAUAAGCUACAGAGUAUAAGUACGUAUAUAAUUGUAAUUGGUGUCCACGUACAUAAAUGUGAUAAUUUAUUUAUUGACUAAAAACAUGGAUGUCUUUACAUACGUAAAUUUAAUGAAGCCACUUUGUGAUGAAUGAGCUAAUUAAUUAAUUACGUAAUUGGAAUUAGAAAUAAAAAAUACCAACAUUUAGGCCACUCAUAAUUUCAUCCAAAGUCUAUUGCUUUCACCAUGUAGGAAGAAUAAAAGACCUUGAAAUCAUUA